GGAUCCAAGGGGCCCAUGUUCCAGCAUCCCCAAGCCCAGCAAGCGUGCGACCGCUGCCGGGCGGCGUUGGGAAUGGGAAAUGCGUGGGGCACGGGCCUCGGUCCGCCCUGGGUGGACCCGACCCCUCGCCACGCCUCCCGUGGCCCCAACCCCACUGUUGGGCUCCAGCACGGCUCGCAACACCCAGCCUGGAGCGGGGACGGAGGCCACGGACACCGGCGGGCGAUGGCAGGAAAAGCCCACAGGCUGAGCGCGGAGGAGAGGGAGCAGCUGCUGCCAAACCUGAGAGCCGUGGGGUGGAACGAGGUGGAAGGCAGAGAUGCCAUCUUCAAGGAGUUCCACUUCAAGGACUUCAACCGGGCCUUUGGCUUCAUGACCAGAGUGGCUCUACAGGCAGAAAAACUGGAUCACCACCCUGAGUGGUUCAACGUCUACAAUAAGGUUCACAUCACCUUGAGCACCCACGAGUGCACGGGCUUAUCCGAGAGAGACAUCAACUUGGCCAGCUUCAUCGAGCAGGUUGCAGCUUCCCUGUCCUGACUAGGGAGGGACACCUGAAGCCAAACAUCAGCUCUGCCGCAGCCACAACCCACGCCUCGCCUGGACGACUGCACCUCGAGCCUUCUCCCGCUUAUUCCAAGCUAGUGCCUAGCCCCAGGCUGCCUAAGCCCACACCGAGCUCCCUGCCACGCACAGCUUGGCGUUUCAGAGGGAUGGAGGCAGCCAGGAAGCCUCGCCACUUCCAUGCUUCAGCCCUUUACCUGUGCACUGCCCGCUCACAGCCUACUGAGCCUCGGGGGCUUUCAGUAGGCAUGCCCUUUCACCAGGAGCGAUGUUAAACUACUGCAGUAAAUCUUUCCAGAGCCUGACCCCAUCUGAUAUUGCUUCUUUUUUUUUUGUUAUUCUUUCUUUUUUGUUAUUCUCUCUUUUUUUUUGUUGUUAUUGCUUCUUUUGUACCAAAAUAUGCUUUACUGUUCACAAGGCGGUACAUGAACCCUUGGGUUUAUCACACACCAACAACUGUGAUGUGCAACGUGGUUAUUAAUUUAACCUCUCCCUGGCAGUAUUAUAAGCAGGUAUGUGAUCUCACCCCGAUUGUAACCAGCUUUUAGUAGAAAACCAACCGAAAGUGUUUACAAUAAAGCUCUUGGUUAACCUGA